AUGUCUGAUCCACUCGACGAAUUUUCAUCUUAUCCGCCAAUACCAACUGACCGAGAUCAUAUGAGUUCUGAUCCAUCAUCAACAUUGAAUAGUCCUAUAUCUGAUUUUCGACGAAAUGAAGUUCGACGAAUAAUAACUGAUGAUGAAUCACAUAAAUCGAUAUAUCAUCAGCCGAGUUUAACAGCAUACAAUCCAAGUGAAAGACGUCGAAGACGUCAUCGUCGAUUACGUCAACCUAUGGAGUCACCUGAUAUGGCAUUUAGAUCGAUUCCUUCGAAUGAAACAAAUGAUUCAAAAAGUCCCGGUGCACGUGUUCAGUUUUUACUUGGUGAUGAAGAUCAAGAGUAUGAUGAUGAAGAACAUAAACCACAUGAUUUAUUUAUUGAGUUAGAUGAAUUAGUAACUGGUGGAGAAAAACAAAACGAAUCUGGUGAAUCAGUUGAACAAGGUUGGAAAGAAACUGCUAGAUGGGUAAAAUUUGAAGAAGAUGUUGAAAGUGGUGGUCGAUGGAGUAAACCACAUGUUGCUACAUUAUCAUUACAUUCAUUACUUGAAUUACGAAAUUUUAUUUCAAAAGGAAGUGUUAUACUUGAUAUGCAUGCUGAUCAAUUAACCGUUAUUGUUGAUAUGAUUCUUGAUGAUAUGAUUGCUAAUGAAUUAUUAUCAUCUGAUAAACGUUUUGUUGUACGUAAUGCACUUCUUUUAAAACAUGUUCAUCAGCAUGAAAAAGAAUUUCAUCGACAGUUACAUUCACAAGAAAGUAAAAAACCAUUACCAUUUACACGUUCAUUAGCCGAAUUUUCAAGAAAUCGUUCACAAAAAGAUGUAACUGCACCAAAUGUUGAUCAAGGAACAAUAGCAACAGCUGCCAGUAGCUCAGCUUUGACAACAAAUCCUAAUCAAACACCAACACAUUUUGUUAAAUUCGCUAAUGUAGAGCCAUCCAAAACACGAAUACCUGAAGGUGACGAAUCAGCUGUUGGUUUAUCGGCUAAUGAAUCUCGUGUUAAAAUUAAUUUACAUUUUAUGAAAAAAGUUCCAGCUAACGCUGAAGCUACAAAUGUUUUAGUUGGUGCUGUAGAUUUUAUUCAAGUACCAAUCUAUGCAUUUGUUCGUCUAUCAAAAGGUGUUAUACUACCUGAUCUUGUUGAAGUUGCAUUACCAACACGUUUUCUCUUUAUACUUCUUGGACCAUCUAAUGAACAUUUACGUUAUCAUGAAGUUGGACGUUCUAUAGCCACAUUAAUGGCUGAUGAAAUUUUUCAUGAUGUUGCUUAUCGAGCUCGCAAUCGAGAUGAUCUACUUGCAGGUAUUGAUGACUUUCUUGAUCAUGUCACUGUAUUACCACCGGGUGAAUGGGAUCCUAAAACACGUAUUGAACCACCAAAAAGCGUACCAAAUAAAGAAGAUAGACUUGAACGAAAAAAAACUAAUGGUCUUACACAAAUGACUGCAGAAGAACAUACCGAACAUGAAUUUGAUCCAGCAUUGAGUCGAACAGGAAGAUUUUGCGGUGGUCUUAUUAAUGAUAUAAAACGUAAAAUACGAUUCUAUGUAUCAGAUUUUACUGAUGCUAUAUCAUUUCAAUCUCUUGCGGCAAUUAUUUUUCUUUAUUUUGCUUGUUUAUCACCAAUUAUUACAUUUGGUGGCCUUUUAAGUAAAGCAACUGAUAAUAAUAUGGCUGCAAUUGAAAGUCUACUAUCAGGUGCCAUUUGUGGUAUUCUAUAUCAUUUAUUUGCCGGUCAACCAUUAACAAUCUUAGGCAGUACAGGUCCUGUGCUGGUUUUUGAAACAAUUGUCAAUCAUUUUUGCACAAAUCAUGGCUAUGAUUAUAUGAACUUGCGUUGUUGGAUUGGCCUAUGGACAGCAACGAUUUUGUUAAUUAUGGUUGUUACCGACGCAAGUUAUCUUGUAAAAUACAUAACAAGAUUUACGGAGGAAAGUUUUGCGGCUCUUAUUGGUAUUAUAUUUAUCUAUGAAGCAUUUGAUAAAAUGAUUGAAAUAAACAAGAAGCAACCUGUUCAAUUACAUACAACUGCUUUACUACCACCAGGUUGUACAUGUAUAAGAGAUAAUAUCGCAUUAAAUAGGACAAGAAUGACAAUAAGUGCUUGUUAUAAAAACAAAUCGUAUGAAUUUAUUGGUGAAUGUGGUGAUGCAUACAACAAAGUAUACACACCAGAUGUAUUUUUCUUUUCAAUUCUUUUAUUUGUAUCAACAUUUGUUUUGGCAUAUACAUUAAAAAAUUUUAAAUUUAGCCGCUUUUUACCAAUGGGUAUUCGUUCAAAAGUGAGCGAUUUUGGUGUUGUUAUAGCUAUAUUUCUCAAUGUAUUCUUUGACAAUUUAAUUGGUCUUGAUACACCAAAAUUAAGUGUACCACAAAAAUUUGCUACAACAAAAGAAGGUCGUGGUUGGAUUAUAAAUCCAUUUGGAAAAAAUCCUAUGGUUAUGUGGUUUGCUGCAUUAUUACCAGCAUUAUUAGCUACAAUACUUAUUUUUAUGGAUCAACAAAUAACAGCAGUUAUUAUAAAUCGAAAAGAAAAUAAACUUAAAAAAGGAUGUGGCUAUCAUCUUGAUCUGUUAAUUGUUGCACUUUGUAUUGGAAUUAAUUCAAUACUUGGUCUUCCAUGGUUUGUUGCAGCUACUGUACUUUCAAUUAAUCAUGUCAUUGCACUUAAACUUGAAUCUGAAACAGCAGCACCAGGUGAAAAACCAAAAUUUUUAGGUGUUAGAGAACAACGUUUGACUGGUUUUAUUGUAUUUCUUUUUAUCGGUCUAUCCGUAUUUUUAACAAAAUUAUUAGCUUUUAUACCUAUGCCUGUACUUUAUGGUGUUUUUCUUUAUAUGGGUAUAUCAUCAAUGAAAGAAAUACAAUUAAUAUCUCGCAUAUUAUUAAUAUUUAUGCCUGAAAAAUAUCAACCAGAUUAUGUUUAUCUUCGUCAUGUACGAACACGUCGAGUACACUUAUUUACACUUAUACAAUUAAGUUGUUUAGCUAUGUUAUGGAUUAUUAAAUCAAUAAAAAGAAUAUCAAUAUUAUUUCCCAUAAUGGUUUUAGCAUUAGUUGGUGCAAGAAAAGUAAUGGAUUAUCUAUUUACACAACGUGAACUUGAAUAUUUGGAUGAUAUUAUGCCGGAAGUCGUUAAAAAAGAAAUUGAAGAAAGAAAAAACAGUAUCAUUGAAGACACAGAUGAAAAUGGCAAGAAGACAAGUGACACAAUAACACUUAACAAUGGUGAAAUUCGUAUACCAGUUGGUCAUGGUCAAGUAAUGAAAGUACCAACAGAAAAUGUUAAAAUAGAUACAUCAACAGGUGUGAUAAACUUUUCUGAAGAAGUUGGUAAAACAUUUCUAUGGAGAUCAAUAGCUACAACAAAAGAUAAAGAACCAUCGUCUGAAGGAAAAUUGCACACUCCAAAACAACCAACUACUGAUAAACCAUCACGUGGAUCAGCUUUAAAGAAAAGAAUUCGUAAAUUAAGUAUAAGUAUACUUGGUCCAGAUGAAGAUCGACCAUUAGUAACUGCAACUAAUGAGGUACCACUGAAUCCAAUAAAUCAACAAUUACCAUCAAUUGUAAUUGAACAAACAGAAAAAUCAAGACCAAAUGAUAAUGCUGAACAACGUCAACGAACUAGCUCAACUACGAGCAAUAAUAAUGACACAACAAAAAUGUGA